GAACGAUCCGUGGAGAAGAAAGCGCCACAACUCAUUUGGGGGACUGCAGUAGCAUCCAUCCUCUGCCUCUCAUAUAAAAGGGGUUACGCGAGAGGACACUCUUAGUUUUUAGUUAGUUUAUGAUCUUUUCAAUGAGACCAUUCCCAUUGGUGUUUUUGUUUCUUUGAUUUUUUUGUGAAGUGAGGUUCCUGAGUUUUUUUUUGUGGAAAGUGAGUACAGUUAAGUGGCUACCACGAAGGAUUUCCGUGGGAUAUACUGGAUUUGUAUACAGGGUGGUGGGAUACGCUGUACCAAAAUGAAAAUUCCUCACACUUUCGUCACACUUCUGGCGACAUGCCUGCUAGCAGGAGACAUAUUAGGAGAACAAAAAGUUUCAAUAAAACGAGAACAAAAAAGAAAUACCCGGAUUACCAGACAACUGAGCAGGGAGGAGAUGCUCCAGAACAUAAUCAAAUGGCUGCAAGACGUCUACAACGAUCAGCAGAAGAGCAGGAGAAGUAGGUCGUUUUCGGAGGAAUUUGAGACGCCGUUCACGCCUUACAGCUUAUUCGCUUCAAACCGAAAAGAUGAUGCAUUUGAUAGACGUAACCUCAUCACUCCUAGUACAAAGAGACCAAGGCCUUUCAAAUCCAAGAAUUCACUGAAUUCAGAAGUCUUAGAAGGAAGCUUCAGCGAAUACUACCCUUCAUCGAAUGGGAUUAGACCCAGACCGUUCCUUAAAAGGGCUCGCCAAAACAACCUCAGGGAAUACCUUCCACCCUCCUACACUCAAAAACCACGCCCAUUCGAGCCCAGGCCUUCGGGAGGCGGGACAGACGAAGAAGGUAACUUCGUCGACGGUGGAUACCCUCCCGCCGGCAUCACCCCCCAACCACCCUUUCCCAUCUACACGAACCCCAUCACAGGGGGAAUCACGGGGGAGGGUUACCCGUCGCCCACUGGGCCGGCCGAAGGGCCUAGUAGCCCCGCCCCUGAGGCCUAUCCCACUUCUGGACCCGUUGUAUCCAGCACUACUUCCUAUCCUACUCAACCCCCGUCUGCCACCGGGUACCCAUCUUCUUUCCCAACUCAACCCUCCUCGGGAUAUCCAACCGAUAGACCUGUUUACCCUCCGUUUCCACCUGUCUCCACCGAACGCCAAGAAUUCACAGGCUAUCCAACUCAGCCCCCUGUUGAAACAGAAAGGCCUCUGGGACCCACCGAAGGACCUUACUUGCCCCCACAAGUCACAACGGGCUAUCCUACAGGAAGGCCAGAAGGCCCACCGGUGACGUCGGAGCAGCCUGGAUUCCCUACACAACCUCCACCAGGUGUAACCCCUGAGCAGCCUGGCUACCCCACGCCAAGUCCUGAGUACCCAGGAUUCCCUACUGCUCCGCCGCCAAGUUACACCCCUGGCUAUUCUACUGCCACGCCCCCAGAAGUCACGCCUGGCUACCCAACAGCGCCGCCUUCAGGUGUCACGCCCGGUUUUUCUACGGCCCCGCCUCCUGGUUUAUCGACCGGCUACCCGACUGCCCCGCCUCCUGGUUUAUCGACCGGCUACCCGACUGCCCCACCCCAAACGGUCACGCCUGGUUUCCCUACGAGACCGCCCACUGGGUACCCCGGUUCAUCGGGAGAGUUGUCGACGAGUGGGCCUGGUAUUAGUACUCAACAACCAGAGGUAGGGACGAGUGGGAAGCCUGAGGAGCCUACCGAGCGACCCAGCGAAGGUGGAUCUGAAGAGAUGAAAUGCUCAACUUUUUUCCGUCACAGAAAAAAACCGUUUAUUUUGCAGGUGUGCCAACGGAUGAAGACUUGAAACAUCCGCCGCACAUUCACGCCAUAGAUGUCGCGUGUGCCAAGGACAUGAUGACCAUCAACAUCGAAUUCAACAGGGUGUUCAAUGGAUUGAUCUACUCCAAAGGAUACUACAGCAUGCCUGAGUGUCGAUACGUGAAAGAGAAUUCAGGACAAACGAAAUACACGUUCACUGUGAAUCUCAACAUGUGUGGUACGGAAUUCAUCAAUGCUUUCGAUAGUCAAGGUAAAAGCUACUUAGAAAACGUUCUAGUCAUCCAAAAUGAGCUUGGUAUCCAAGAAAUUUGGGAUACUGUCCGGUCUGUCAGGUGUUUAUGGGAAGGUAACCUCAAGGACCACCUCAGCGUGGGCCUGAUGGUGGGCAUGCUGACGCAGGAGAUCGUCACCUUCAGCGGGGACACCGCCACGGCCAGACUGGACAUCCUGUUGGGCCGCGGGCCCCAAGGCCAGCCGGCCUCCGGAUUGGUCAAAAUCGGGGAGCCGAUGACGCUGGUGGUGUCCAUCAGCGGCGAUCCAGGCUUCGACAUCCAGGUGAAGGACUGUAAAGCGGUGGACUCAACGGGAGAAAACGUCGUGCCCCUCACCGACGACAAUGGAUGCGUGCUCAAGCCGAAGCUGUUCGGGGCAUUCCAGAAAACAAGAAAUACUGGAAAUUCGGG